GAUUAAGCUUUUAUCAAUUUAAAAUAAAAUACGAUAGAAAUAUAGGCGGCAACAUAAGUAACAGAAAUGUUUCUCAUAAGUUUUAGCUAAACAACAAAUUAUGCGUUAUUUUGCUGCGGAGUGUAAUAAUAGCAAUGCUGGAAUAUUACAUUGUAUAAUUUAAACAUUACUUUUGGUUAUUUGGAUAUAUAAAUAUUUGUUAUCGCCACAUAAUCGACAGAGAUAAUGGUAAGGUUCGACCAUCUAGAAUUUCGUUUUAUGGCACGAAUCUGAUAAGCGACUCAUGGUGCGAUAACUAUUAUCAAUUUGUCAAUAGCUUUUCUUAGUUAGUUUUAACCUGUUAAUUCUGUAACGUGAGUCAGAUUUAACAAAUCCUAGUUUGUAUAUAAAAAAUUGUAGAUUUAUAGACAUAAGAAAAUGGACGAAACGCCCAUCCAAUCUUUUUACAAAAACGCAAAUGUUCUAAUUACGGGCGGAACAGGUUUUAUGGGAAAAAUUCUCAUAGAAAAAUUACUUAGAUCGACAGAUGUAGGCACAUUAUAUUUACUUGUUAGAGAUAAACGAGGUAAAAAUGUCCAGGACAGAUUAAAUAUUCUAUUUGAAGAUAAGAUUUUCAAUAGAUUGAAAGAGGAGAGACCCAAAUUUGAACACAGGGUUAAAACUAUCUCGGGCGAUUUAGGAAUUCCAAAUUUAGGUAUUAGCAAAACAGAUGAGGAAUUCCUUAAACUGAAUAUAAAUAUUGUAUUUCAUAUGGCUGCUACUAUCAAAUUUAAUGAAAAUCUCAAAAUCGCUCUCGAAGUAAAUGUAAGAGCAACGCAGAAUAUUUUAGAUUUAGCUAAACAGAUGCGCGAUUUAAAAUCUAUCGUCUACGUAUCUACAGCAUACUCGAAUUGCCCUCAAAAAAUAAUAAGAGAAAUGAUUUAUGAAUCUCCAGCCUCAUAUGUAGAACUUAAAAGCACCUUAGAUAAAUUGAGUUACAGCGAAAUCGAAAGGAUAACCCCAAGAUUAAUAGGAAAAUGGCCAAAUACAUACGCUUUUACAAAAUGUAUGGCUGAAUCAUUGAUUAAAAAAGUAGCUGGAGAAUUACCUAUAGCAAUAUUUAGGCCCUCCAUUGUUGUAUCGACGUACAGAGAACCAUUAACAGGCUGGAAAAAUAACUAUUAUGGUCCAACUGGAGUAUUUACUACUAUAUUACUAGGAUUAAUGAGAGUAUACUAUGGAAAUCCGGAAAUAAUCCUUGAUAUUGUUCCUGCCGAUAUGUGUAUAUCUGGUCUAAUCGCUACUGCUUGGGAUAUUUCUGAUGGCAAAAAUGAAGUACAAAUUUAUAAUUAUGUUUCUGGAGCUGAGAAUCCAGUAUCCUUGAAGGAAAUUAUCAUAAUGAAUGUAUUCAAUAUGCAAAAAAAUCCUACUAUUCAUUCAAUGUGGAAACCGUUUGUAGUUUUGACCCAAAAUUAUUAUAAUUAUUGGCUUCUAGCGUUCAUCUUCCACUUAAUACCCGCUGUUGUUAUGGAUUUCUUUUGUAUAUGUAUGGGAAAAAAACCAAGAAUGUUCAGUACCUAUAGAAAAAUCCACAAAGCUAACGAAGCGCUUUACGUCUUCUCGAGUAGAUCUUGGGAAUUUUCAAAUAACAAUAUGAGAAAUGUCUGGCAAAAAAUGCAACAAAAAGACAAACAUCUAUUCAACUUCAAUAUAGCUGAUGUGAAUUGGAUGAGCUUCUGUGGUACGUACAUAAAAGGCAUUAGAAAGUAUAUACUGAAGGAUCCUGAUAGCACCUUGGUUGCUGCUAGAAAAAGGGCGAGAUGGUUCAAUCUAUUAAAUUUCAUCAGCAAAUAUCUUCUGAUAUUUAUGGCGUACAAUACAGUGAUGAGAAUGAUAACUUGAUGGUUAUUUUCAGUAAUAAGUUUAUAUGUUAUAAUAUAUUUAAUACUUAUGUAAAUAGAAUUGUUCAUUAAACUUACGCAAAUAAAUUUUUAUAG